AACCCUCUCUCCCCCAAAAACCCAAACCCUUGGCGGCUGACCUCCCCGUUUUUCUCUCUCCUAGGGUUUCUCUCUCUCUCUCUCUCUUCCCAAAACCCCCGCUUGAUUCUCGUCAUGGCUGCUGUUGCUCCUCCUGCGGAUCAAGCUGCAGAGUUGCUUCAGAAAUUGUCAUUGGAUUCUCAAACCAAAAAUUUGGAAAUCCCUGAGCCAACUAAAAAGCCUUCUGGUAAUCAAUUUGGGGCUGUUGAUGGGGGUGAUGCUGCAAAUGGUCAGAACCAGUCAUGUGAGAGGUCUGUGACCCCAUUACUACAGGAAUUUAUGGAUCCAUCCGUGUGCUAUGUCCCUAAUGGCUAUUCAUCAUAUUAUUAUGGAGGUUAUGAUGGAACUACAAAUGAGUGGGAAGACUAUUCCAGAUAUAUGAAUCCAGAGGGAGUUGAGAUGCCUGCCGGAGUUUAUGGGGAUAAUGGAUCACUCAUGUAUCACCAUGGAUAUGGAUAUGCACCUUAUGGCCCAUAUCCACCAGCCGGUUCCCCAGUUCCAACUGUUGGACAUGAUGGUCAGCUAUAUGGGCCUCAGCACUACCAGUAUCCCGCCCCAUACUUUCAGCCACCUACUCCAACCAGUGGACCUUACAACCCUAGUCCAGGUGCCCCUCCCCCGGGAGAGGUUACCACCUCUGUGGCUGCUGACCAAAAGCCUUUGUCUGUAGAAACUGCUAAUGGUAAUUCUAAUGGUAUUGCAAGUGGUGGGGCUAUGAAAGGGAAUAAUGGUUCCGCACCUGUGAAACCAACAUAUCAGAACUCGCCAUUUAAUUCAAAUGGUUCCUAUGGAAGAGGUGCAUUGCCAGGGGGGGUUCCCGCUUCUGGUUAUCAGGACCCAAGAUUUGCUUUUGAUGGGCUACGAUCUCCUCUCCCAUGGUUAGAUGGCCCAGUUUUUUCUGAUCCAAGGCCUGUGACUAGCACCUCAAUCACCUCAUCAAUUUCAAACGCCAAUAAUGUUACAGCUUCGAGGAAUCUCCGGCCACAUUCUCAUUUCAUGGGUUUGCAACAUCCAAGACCAAUGUCUGGCAUGGGUACAGCUCAUGGAUUUAUGAAUAGAAUGUACCCAAACAAGUUAUAUGGUCAGUAUGGAAACACAGUUAGAUCUGGUCUAGGUUUUGGAUCUAAUGCUUAUGAUUCACGAACAAAUGGGCGUAGUUGGUUGGCUGUUGAUAACAAAUACAAACCCAGGGGACGAGGCGUUGGUUUCUUUGGUUAUGGUAACGAGAACAUGGAUGGUUUGAAUGAGCUAAACAGGGGGCCAAGAGCCAAGAGCUCUAAAAACCAAAAGGGGCUUGCACCAGUCACAGCCAAGGGCCAGAAUGUUCAAUCCAAUGGAUCUAAUGAUGAGGAGAAGGAUAGGACUAGUGUGUUCCCUGACCGUGAUCAGUACAAUCAUGCAGAUUUCCCUGUGGAACAUACUGAGGCUAAGUUCUUCAUCAUUAAGUCUUAUAGUGAAGAUGAUGUCCAUAAGAGCAUCAAGUAUAAUGUAUGGGCCAGCACACCAAAUGGCAACAAGAAACUUGAUGCAGCUUACAGGGAAGCUCAGGAGAAAUCUGCUGGCUGUCCUGUAUUUCUUUUCUUCUCGGUCAAUACAAGUGGGCAAUUUGUUGGCCUUGCGGAGAUGGUGGGCCAUGUUGAUUUUCACAAGAAUGUGGAGUACUGGCAACAAGACAAGUGGAAUGGAUGUUUCUCUGUGAAGUGGCAUGUUGUAAAGGAUGUACCGAAUAGUUUGUUGAAGCACAUCACCCUUGAAAACAAUGAGAACAAACCUGUUACAAAUAGUAGGGACACUCAAGAGGUUAAGUUAGAGCAGGGGCUUCAGAUGCUCAAAAUAUUUAAGGAACACUGCAGCAAAACAUGCAUCUUGGAUGAUUUUGCAUUUUAUGAGUCUCGCCAGAAAACAAUUCAGGAGAAAAAGGCUAAACAACAGCAGUUUCAGAAACAGGUAUGGGAAGGGAAGCCCACUGAUGAGAAGAAUGGGGAACUAAAACCACAGAAGUCAUUGGAGGUUGCCUCGGAUUUGAUUAAGGAAUCAACACCAGCUGUCCAGGCUAAUGGGGAUCGGAAGGUUUUUGAAAAUGGAUCAGUUGCCAAACCUGGAGAUGCUCCAAAGGCUUUUAAACCGAGUAUAGUGUCUGAAAAGAGGAUUGUUGCCAACGGGGUUGCAAAUGGGGUGGCAAAUGGGGUGGCAAAUGGUUGCUAGCUUUACCUGGCCACAAAAGGGCGGUCCAUGGUCUUCUAUAGUUUCUUGCAAGAAGUUGUAUCAGAAGUUUUGCUGGUUAGAUUAGAGGGCAUAGGCGACUGCUAGCAAAUUCUCCUUCAGACUGGCCGCCAGAAUUGGAUCUGUCUUGCUGCUUCCAAGGAUCAAUAAAACAGAGAUUAAAAUACCUCUUCAGAUUUUUCAGGUGUGGCAAGGCAGGCUAUGCUUCACAGAAUCCCAGUACCAAAGCCCAUUUUUCUUUAUCAUGGGUCUGUUGUUAUAGUUGUUAGCCCCUAACAGGUUUUCUUCCUUAGGAGUUUGGGUUUAGGGUUUCUCUUUUGGUGGCUUUAUAUCCUUAUUAUGCUCUUUUUUUUUUUCUUUUUUCUUUUUUCUUUUUUUUUUUCCCCUUUUUUGCCCUCUUUUUCCUUUUACCUUUUCUUCUUUUUCCUGUUCUGCCUUUUUCCCAUCUUGUAAAUCUAGUUCUACUGUGGGCCAGCCGUUGCUUUUGAAUUGUAAGAGAGCUAGAGGCAGGGUGGGAAAAGUAUUGCAAUAUAGUUGGGUUUUAAGAAGCUUUUCAUUUCAACUUCAGUCAAUGUUUUAGUCUUGUUACUACCAUUAUUGCUAUAACAUCAAUCUUAUGUUUUUGUUGUCUUAAUACAGGGUAAAUUUUAUC